AUGGGCCAGGCCGCAGCUCGGCGACGCGCAUUAUUUUUCAAGCUCGGCACGCAUUGUUUUGGUGUAUGGCGCACAGGAUACAGGUUCGUCGAUGGCCCAGGGGACAAGAUGGUCGCGCGUCCAGGCCAAGGCAGAAGCUGCAUGCUGUACUUCCAGUUGGUCCUGGACCACGUGCGCCAGAUGACCGCUGCUUCGAGGGAUAUAUACGGUGCGAUCCCCGAGGACUUCAACGGGCCCAACCGUGAGAUUUGUGUGACCCCGAAGUCAGAAGUUGAGCGCCAGAAGAUCCAGGAGGGUUUGGACGGGGCAGCCUUGGGGUGGCACGACACAGCUUGGGGUGAACUGAUUGACGCAUCCCAGACCUAUCCAGAGCGAGGGGCUUCUGGAGGCACUGAGUAUGAGUUUGAAGUUGUUCCCUAG